CUGUUAGACGACCCUUUAGUUCCUCUUGGCCAUUGUAGCUAGACGUGUAAUCGUUUGGUUUGAAAAAUUAGUGGCUAAAAAUGUAAAUAUCUGCCACAAAGUGGCUUGCUAGUGUAAUUUAGUGUUCUGGGUUGUCCAUGGUUUUGGGGUUUAAGCCCUCUCUCCAAAUUGCAAGUGCAGGGUUUUUCACAAAAACAGAUAUGGCAGUACCAAGGGGACGCAAUGGCGAAGAAGAAGGAGGAGAUAUUUUCGAAGAGGAAUUUGAAUUUGAGGAUCCCAAUUCUGUUCCUCCUCACCUCCUUAACCUUUUCGAUGCUGCUGAGAAUGGAAACCUCGAUGCCCUCCGCCAUGCCCUAGAUAAUUUGACUGGAAGCAUUGAUCAACCUCUUGAAGAUGGGGACACUGCUCUUCAUCUAACAUGUUUGUAUGGCCAUCUGUCUUGCGUGCAGCUAUUAUUGGAGAGGGGAGCUUCGUUAGAGGCGAAGGAUGAAGAUGGAGCACUCCCAUUGCAUGAUGCUUGUGCUGGAGGAUACACAGAGAUUGCCCAACUGCUAAUCAACAGUGCCCCGAAUCCUGAUUGUGUGAAGAGGAUGUUGGAGUCCGUUGAUGUAGAAGGUGAUACGCCUCUUCAUCAUGCUGCCAGAGGUGAACAUGUAAAUGUUAUUAGGUUAUUGCUAGCUUCAGGGGCUUGUCCUACUAAGACCAAUAUAUAUGGAAAGAGCCCCGGUGAGCUUGCUGCACCUGACACCGAACCCCAAAGAAUCUUAGAAGAAGCUGCAAGUGCUGUUCCUAGUCAUUAGGCCUUGAUGCCGAGAUUUUGAUAUGGUAGCUUGGCUAUCAGUACUAUAUGUUUGCCUUGUUUUAUAGUUUUAAGUGAACAAAAUUUCCCCUUGGAGGCUAAGAAAUCAUGUUGGAAUAGGGGACAAUAGUUUUGCAAUCAAACUAUCAAAGUUUGCAAUCAAAAGUGAAUUCAUGUUAAAA